AAUCUCUCUUUGAUGUAAUCAGUGUGUGAGUGAAAAGUUUGAAUGUUUGUUUAAUAUAAUUUAAUCAGUUGUCUGUGUGGCAAAGAGUGAAAAGGUUGAAUCUUUCCUAAUAUAAUCAGUGAAAAGGUUGAAUCUUUCUUUAUAUAAUCUCUGUGUGUGGUGGAGAGUGAAUAGAUUGAAUGGUUUUUGAUAUAAUCAGUUGUGUCUCUCUUUGUGUGUGUGUGUGGCAGAAAGUGAAAGAUUUAAUCUUUCUUGAUGUAAUAGAUCAUUUUCUUUUGUGUAUGUGUAUCAGAGUGAAGGAUUUUGAAUCUUUCUUGAUAUAAUCAGUUUAUUUUUGUGUUUGUGUGUGUGUCAAAGAGUGAAAGUUUGAAUCUUUCUUUGAUAAAAUCAGUUUAUUUUUGUGUAAGCGUGGCAGAGUGAAAAGAUUCAUUCUUUGUUGAUAUAAUUAGUCACUGUUGAAUUUCUGAAAUUUGGUUGAGACUCUGCUGGUUUUGAGGAUUAAUGAAACGCUUAUGAUUUCUUCAAUCUGGGAUUCUUUGUUGCAUACUGGUUACUUUUGGAAAUUUGUGUUUCAGUUUUUUAGCUUUGUAUUCUUGCUCUUCCAUAUACAUCCAAUUGAAGAAAUUUAGCUUUCAUUUUUUUUGUUUGUGUGUGUGGUGUGUAUGUGUGUGGUGGGUGAGGCAGAGAGUGAAAAGAUUGAAUCUAACUUUAUAUAAUCCAUUACUACUGUAGAAUAUCCGAAUUUGGUUGAGAGUUUUGAGAAAGGAUUAGUGGAAAUACUUUUUAUUUUUAGAACGGAGCAACAUCUUACUUGAAUUUGUGAAUGGAACGCUUAAGGAUUCUUUGUUGCAAAGGAGAACUGAACCUACUGGUUUCAUUUGCGAUGUAUCGACUGACGGAAUAUGGUGCUACAUAGUGUUUUGGGUGGUGGGAAGACCAGACACAAGAUGGAAUCUGUUAAAGAAGAGACUUAUGGGAGCCUGUCCGUCUUGUUCUUCUGCCUCCGGCAUAUCAUAUUAUCGUGCUGAGUUGUCUCCUAGGCCUCCUGAAGUAUUCCUCUUGACGUUCUGUUGCAACGAUCGAAGGGGCCUUUUGCAUGAUGUGACGGCAGUACUUUCCGAGCUUGAGCUUACAAUAAAGAAGGUGAAAGUAUCCACUACUCCAGAUGGAAAAGUGAUGGACCUGUUCUUCAUCACUGACACAAGAGAACUUCUACAUACAAAGAAGAGACAAGAAGACACACAUUACCAGUUGAAAUCUGUUCUGGGCGAUGCCAUGAUAAGUUGUGACAUAGAAAUGGUCGGGUCUGAAAUCACCGAAUGCUCUCAAGGACCAUCGUUCCUUCCUCAAGAAAUUGUCGAGGACAUGUUUAGCUUCGAAAUACUUCAUGAGCAACUGAGUACAUCUCUUGCCUGCAAUAAAGCGAUUAUCACCGUCGAUAAUUUGAUGAGCCCUGGUCAUACUCUCAUCAAGAUUGCUUGCCAAGAUCACAAAGGUCUUCUGUAUGACAUAAUGAGGACACUGAAAGACUACAAUAUUCAGAUAUCAUAUGGGCGAUUCGCUGCAAAAACUAAAACAGAAUGUGAGCUUGACUUGUUCAUAAUGCAAGCAGAUGGCAAGAAAAUAGUGGACCAUAGCAAGUUGAAUGGUUUGUGCUCACGUCUUCAAAUGGAACUAUGUCGCCCUCUUAGAGUGUCAUUGAUGAACCGAGGUCCUGAUGCAGAAUUACUGGUUGCAAACCCUGUAGAGUUAUCCGGCAAGGGUCGACCGAUUGUCUUUUAUGACAUUACACUGGCGCUCAAGAUGCUUAAUAUUGGCAUCUUUUCGGCUGAAGUAGGGAGAUAUCAGAUUGGUGAUCGAGAAUGGGAAAUUUACCGUGUCUUACUAGACGAAGGGAAUGGCUCGGGUCCCUCGAGGAACAAGAUUGUGGAAGCUGUUUGGAAUAUGUUGAUGGGUUGGGAGUAAACAACUAGUGAAUAUGUACAGUUCCUGUGUUCAUUGCUAAAAGGCCUCAUUUGACUCAAUGUAUAUACAGUGUAUAUAAGUGUAUUAAUGUAGAGGUAAAAAAAAAAAAUUGUGUCUGUCAAGUUUCAAUGCAAGAUUUUGCAAGGCUAAUCUUGUAGAAUCAUGUGAGAAAUGUAAGAAGUUAAAAAGACUUCUUUUUAUAAAGUUAUAGUGUUUGUAGAAGUUGUAUGUACAGAUUAUUUAGUACCAUAACCUUUUGGUUGAGUAUUAGCACCAA